AUGCCAUACACCGUCCUCAUCACCGGCGCCAAUAAGGGCAUCGGCUAUGAAGCCGUCAAGCUUCUCGCCCAGAAAAAGCCCGAUGCCAUCAUCCUCCUCGGCUCUCGGUCAACUAAAAACGGCGAGGACGCCAUUGCCAAAAUGAAGUCCUCUGCCCCCUCUCAUGACUUUUCCAACGUCAAGGUCCUUCCUAUCGACAUUACCUCCUCUUCUUCCCUCUUUUCUGCCGCCGAGCACGUCAAAUCUACCUAUACCACCCUCGACGCCCUCAUCCACAACAGCGGUAUCUCGGAGCUUGACGGGGACGGCAAGCACCCCGCCAUCUUUGACGUCAACGUCCGCGGUGCCAAGGACUGCGUCGCGACGUUCGCCCCCAUCCUCACUCCUAAAACCGGUAUCAUCACCGUCGUCUCGUCCGAGGUCGGCGCAUGGUACACUGCCACCGUCGACCCCUCCACCAAGGCUAAGCUGGAGGAUAUUGAGGGAGUCAGCUGGGAGAAGGUGGAGGGGUGGAUGAAGGAUUGGGAGGCGAUGGCAGAUGGGAAGGAGGCAAAGGAGAAGUGGGUGCCACUGGACAAAGGGAUGAUCGGGUCCAAGUACUGCGCUAGCAAGGGGAUUCUCAACCCCUGGCUGAGGAAGUAUGCGGCCACCCACCUCGAGGUCCGCUUCGCAGUGGUCUGCCCGGGCUACUGCGCGACCGAACUCAACCACUUUCAAGGCCCGAGGCCGGCUUCGGCGGGCGGAGAGAGUAUCAUUUGGCCGGUGCUCAAUGAGUUUGAGAGUGGGAAAUUCUACCAGGACGGGAAGGAGAUGGCUUUCGCGCAGGAGCUACCGGAUUGGGCGAAGUAG